AUGAGUGACUAUUAUAGAGAACAAGAGCAGAUAUAUUCAAAGCCUCCAUACCUGGAGGACUCUUCUGUGAUGCAUUCUAAUUAUGAAAUGCCCAACAACGAGCGCGCUUACUCCCGCGGAAGAGGCUUCCUCGCAGAUUCACAUAGUUUCUUUGAUCGCGUUAAAUCUAAACUUAGCAUGUUCCGCGGUUACGAUUCGCAAGAGUACUUGGCGGAUCAAGACUCUGCCGCUGAAAGACAAAGCCAAUUGUGGAACGCCAUCAAGCGAAAGCCAAUUCAGUUAAUAGUCGAAGAUUCAAUGGAAAAGAGCCAAGUCGCGGAACCACAACAGUUUGACCAAGCCCCGGAAAGUGCAAACACGUUUCUCACAGAUAAUCAAAAUGACAAUUACGUGAGAUCCACAGCUUCGCCAAAGAGGAAAGAUUUGGCAUCGGGCGUUCCCCUUAGCGGCUCUCCUUUCGCAUCUGGAGGCAUAAGCGACUUCAUUGGGCUCGAACGCGACGCAAUCUUGAGUAAAAACAGUACGUCGUGGGAAAAAGUCACGGCGAAGUCACCAUUGAGAAGCGCUACAACGCUGGGUACUAUCCAAAAACGACUGCUUCAGAUUUCGUCAAAGAAAAACGAAGUUUCUAAAGGCUAUCAAAAGCUUCUGAAAGAGCUCAAUGAGUGGUGGCAAGAAACCAUUGAAGCUGAAGAAAAUAUGUCCUUAAUUUCGGACCUGCAGCAAAUGUUCCACGAAGACCUCGUUUUUGAGCAGCGGCUUUCCGACAAGCUAAAAGAGGUGUCAAAGGCCUUAGAGUUUACCAAAAUGAGAGAGGAAGAAAUGCUACAAGAGCGCAAGGAACUGCAGCAUACCAUAAAGAAAUAUGGACAAAUGAGGGCCAAGAAAGGUAACCACAGUGAAGAAGCCCAUUUCUUGAAAGAAAAAGUCAUCACUAAACAAAAUUCGCUAUCGGUAAUCACAGGCCACUAUCAGCAAUCUCUAAGCACUACCGCGAGAGAGCUUUUUGUCAACGCCAGUGUCGAAUAUUUCGAAGCUGCUUCCGACAUCAAAGACACUAGCAAGACGUUUUUCCAAAACUCUGUCGAGUACCUCAGAACUGUUCGAGCAGACAACAUUGAGCAGCAUAUCGAGGAUUUGAGAAGGAAAAGAGCCGAUAAGCAUUGGUCCAAGCUGAAUGCUCAAGAGAGGGAUGACCCCAACCGGCUUGUCGAAAUCAUGAGCGGGAUGUACAAUGGCCAGGACUCGCUCAUGAGAUGUGUGGAGAGACGGGGACACAUGAAAGCUCCAGAGAAGUCACCCGCCAAUUGCAAAGAAAACCAACCACGCUUUGACAGCCAACCAGACCUAAAACUCGAAUUCAAGACGGGCCUAGAUGAGUCUUUAUCAGUUUUCCCUAGUGAGAGCGCACAGAAAAAGGACCUUAAGCAAACCUCUACCAGAUCCUCAGAACUGACAGAGGGUUACUCAAAAACUAAUGCGAAUGGAUUUUCGUUUGAUUCGCACCGCACCCUGAGAUGCGAAGGCCUUGCAGGAAAAGGCCCAAGUCUUAAAACUCGGCUGCCCUACCCAGAAACAAAUGAAACGAUUCGAGCUCCGAACCUGAAGCUCAAUUUUGACAACAACAACAUCCGACUUAAAAACCUUUCACCAAAUGCAGCAACAAACUCUGAGGAUGGAACAUUGAUCAAAUUCCCUCCGCACGGCGAGAAUGUAUCGAGGUUCGCAUACGAGCCAGAGCAGGAUCUGGACCGAAAUAAGUGGGCAGAGUCUCCAAGGACAUGA